CAGCGCACGGGCAUUGUGGGAUACUGCAGAGGGUGCCUGUUGUCGUUGUUGUUUGAGCGUGUACGGCCGAAUAUUCACUGCCGAUUAAUUACCAUCAGAUUGUCAUUUGUGCCACUUUGUUUUCUUAUUUAUUUUAAUGUCUUAGGUUCGCGAAAACGUCGUGGAAAGUUGGAUCGGGAAAAUAAAAUUAUUCCCCUUUAAAAACGCUUAUAAUAUUUCAAACGAUGGCUACAGACGUGAUUCAAGUGACCAAUGUUUCGCCGAGCGCGACCUCCGAGCAGAUGAAAACUCUGUUCGGAUUUUUGGGCAAAAUCGAGGAGUUGCGUCUCUUCCCUUCAGAUGAAUCACCAUUACCAGUGACGUCUCGCGUGUGUUUCGUAAAGUUUCAUGAUCCUGACGCUGUGGGAGUAGCGCAGCAUUUGACAAACACGGUCUUCAUUGACAGAGCAUUGAUAGUUGUACCUUACACAGAAGGAGUCAUUCCUGAUGAAUCUAAGGCUUUGUCUCUGUUGGCACCAGCUAAUGCAGUGGCAGGUUUGCUGCCCGGAGGUGGACUUUUGCCCACACCAAAUCCUCUUACGUCACUCAGCGGUGUUCCUUUGGCUGCUACUCUUGGGAAUGUUAAUCCUGGCUUGGACCCUGCCCUUGCUGCACUUGGAUUGCCAGGAGCAAAUUUAAAUUCACAGGUCACAGCAGAUCAGCUUUUAAAACUCAUCACUCAAGUUGAUCCAAAGCUAAACCAUACUGCUGGUGCCAUUGUAAGCCCAGCCCUGAAAUCUGAUACCUCUUCCAAAGACAUAGAAGAAGCAAUGAAAAGGGUUAAAGAAGCACAGUCAUUGAUUUCAGCUGCUAUAGAAACAGAAAAAAAAGAUGACAAAAGGAAACAUUCUAGAUCGAGGUCUCGUUCACGCAGGCGACGGUCUCGUUCCCGUUCAAGGCAUAGGCGUUCCAGGAGUAGGUCUAGAAGGCGUUCACAUUCAAAGUCUAGAAGCAGGCGGCGAUCACGAAGUCCAAGACGAAGGAGGUCACGCUCAAGGGAGCGGAGGAGGUCUAGGAGUAUAUCAAAGCCAAGGGAAAAAAAGAAGGAAGAGAAGAAAAGAUCCAAAACACCACCUAAAAGCUACAGCACAGCCAGGCGGUCUCGCAGCCCCAGUAGAGACAGAGAACGAGAGCGAGAAAGAGAACGGAGACGUAGAAGAAGUAGAUCUAUUUCAAGGUCUCCAAAGAAAUCAAGAUCGCCUAAACGUAAACUUUCACGGUCACCAUCUCCUCGAAGGCAUAAGAAAGAAAAGAAGAAGGACAAAGACAGAGACCGGAGCAGGGAAGUAGAGGAGAGGGAGAGGUCAUCAAGCAAAAAGAAAAAGAGCAAGGAUAAAGAGCGGGAGAAAGAAAAGGAAAAAAAGGCAGAAGGUGAAAAGGGUGAUGUGAAGGUGACAAGAGAUUAUGAUGAAGAGGAGCAAGGAUAUGACAGUGAAAAAGAAAAAAAGGAAGAACAGCGAGUUUCAGAAUCUGGGACAUCCCCAAAGCUGAAAGAGUUAGCACAAGAAACUGACAAGGGAAGUACAGAUAUAGUGAAAGAGUCAAAAGUCAAUGGUGAUGAUCAUCAUGAAGAAGAUAUGGACAUGAGUGAAUAAAUUUAGUGUAACCUGAUUUAUAUUCCUAAUGUGAAGUGAUUAUUUUUAGCAGUGCUUUCUCUCAGAAUUGAAGUGUCGCCCUUCUAUUAUAUUUUCUACAGUUACAGAAAGUGGUGACAUUGGCACCUGCCUUGCCACAGUUUGUGAAAGAGGUGUACAGAUAACUUGGUUCAGGAAGUGAACUGCACUUCUUAUAGCAUCAGAUUGGUGUGCCAGUAAGAAGCUUUUUUUCUGAAAUGUAUGCAGGGAUCUCCUUUGACAAGAGUAGGAACCUCAGAAAUGUGUAAUUUUUGUUUAAAGAGACUCAAUCAAUAUUGAUGUAGAUAGUUAUAUAUCCUAUGAACCUUGUGACUGUAGAUUUGAGUUCCAGUAGUUAACUGUUUAUUUGCUUUUAAUUAUAAGUGACUGUCUGCUUUUUGUAUGUACCUUUACUAAAUAAAGUUCUUUGGUAUUCCCUGCUCUUCAACUUAUCACUUGUAUCACCCAUUGUUCACAAAAGAUGGCAUUUGCCCAACUUGAUUUAUUGUGCAACGUCUUGUGAAGAAAAAUAAGCUUUCUUUAUCUUGAUGCUGACAGGUCUACCAGGUUAGCAAUUUUGCCUGCAGUAUGUGCUGUUGUCUUGUACAGUUUAUGAGAACAAUUUCUGUUUUACAUGGUAGCUUUCAUAAUAAAAGCUGUUUUAAAGCCUGGGUUUGA